AUGACCUCCAUCGGAACCGGGUACGACUUAUCCAACUCCGUCUUCUCCCCCGACGGCCGCAACUUCCAAGUCGAAUAUGCGGUGAAGGCUGUUGAAAAUGGCGGCACGUGUAUCGGCAUCCGGACGAAGCAUGGUGUAGUCCUCGCCUGCGAGAAGAUCAUCUCUUCCAAGCUACUGAAGCCCGGCGCAAACAAGAGGAUAGCAUCUGUCGACAGAAAUGCGGGUGUCGUUACAUCAGGGCUGUUACCAGAUGGUCGCCACCUUACCAGCAGAGCAAGAGACGAGGCAAGCAGCUGGCGGUCGACGUACAAAGCGCCGAUCCCCAUCAGCGCACUGGCGAGCAGGAUGGGUGGCUAUGUUCAAGCAUACACUCUCUACUCUAGCGUACGGCCAUUUGGUGUCACUGCUAUUCUCGGAGGUUGGGACUCGGAAGCCGAACUCGGUGUCGACGGCCAGGUUGGAUCCGGACCAUCUAAAGGAACUGGUGGCAAGGUGGAGGACGCAGCAGUCAAAAAGGGUGGUCCCGGCCUGUAUAUGAUCGAGCCAAGUGGCCUUUACUGGGGCUAUUAUGGUGCCGCCACAGGCAAGGGUCGACAAGCUGCGAAGGCAGAGCUCGAAAAGCUAGACCUUGCCAAUCCUGACUGUGCCCUCACACUUGAAGACGCAGUCAAGGAAGCUGCCCGAAUUAUCUACGUCGCCCAUGAAGACUCCAAAGACAAGGAAUUUGAGCUUGAGAUGACAUGGAUUUCUAGCCUAAAUGGUCCUACUCAAGGCCGACAUCUGCAGGUACCACAAGAGCUACUGGAAGAAGCUGAGAAGGCUGCGAAGAAGAGCAUUGAGGGCGAUGAUGACGACGAUGAGGAGGAGGAAGAAGAAGACGAGAUGCAGGAAUAG